GCGCGUCGACGCGUCGGACUCGCUGUCGCGCGGUGCGCCAGUUUGCAGUUGCUCGACCUCAGUGCUUGGCCUGGCGCCUGCGAAGCGACUACCGAGUGUGGUGGUCUCGCACCACUCGGUACUGGUCUGGACGACUUCGUGACGUUCUUGCGGUGUCGCUGGUGGGAUCUCCGGUGGGCCGGACGUAGUUGGUACCGUGUUGCUCGUGUUUGAGACAUGAGCGAGCGGGCCUGUCGUCCGCCUUCUCACCCGCCUACUCGCUUACUUGCGUUCACGAUGCACGUUCGAUGGCCGUGUCUGCGUGCUGGGCACUUGCCCACUGUGCUUGCGGUUGUCGUACGUGUCGUGCUGCACGACGACGCGCCCGCCCACCUGUUUACUCUCCCGCCGAGUCAGCUCCACUCAUCGGGCACCUGUGCACGCUGUCCACUCACCGGCCCCCCUGAUGACCCUCUCAUUCGUCAGAUUGCUUGUCUACCUGCACACCCCUCCGCCGGCUCGCCCACUUGUUCGUCCACCCGUCCUUCUGCCCGUGCCCGUGGUCCGCCCGUCGGCUGCAUUUGCAUGCGGGGCAUUCGCCCGGCGCACUCGUGGUCGGCGCGUGUGUCAACCGCGUCCCGUUCGCUUGCUCACGCGGCCAGCACCCGUGUCGUCCCCCGCUUGUGUGCCCGCCGGCACACCCACCCGCUCGUGUACCCACCCGCCCGCGCAGCCCCGCAGUCUUGACUCUUCAUGUUCAGCACGGACAAGACCCGAGCUGCCGUACCGCGGCAUGCGAGCCGAACCGCCGUCAAAGGCAAUCUAGUGGACUUGGUAGUUGUUCAUCUUGAGGUCACGGAGGACCUUCUCGACGGGCUCGAGGGUGGUACUACAGAAGAAGUUGUUGUACAGCUCUUCGAAGCGAGCGAGGAGUAGAUCGCGACGACGUGAGCGCUGAGUGCUACGAAGACUCGGAAGAAUUUACUUACUGUACAUCGUUUUUGAACGUUGAAACUAGGUUGGAG